CUUUAAAAAUUUUAAUCACUUUACCACAGAAUUAUAUUAUCCAAAAAUGAAAGAGAAGCUUCUGAAAAGAGAUCCUAUACAUCGUAACGUAUAAUAAAUAGUACGCCCUUCUUCUGGCACCUUCCUUUCCUUUCUUUCUUACAGUACAAUUUUCCCCUUUCUCCAACUCACAAUUUCUAAUUUCUCUAUUUUCUUCUCUUUUCACUUACUCCACCCAGAAGAACCUUCUAGAAAUAUGAUGAAACCUAACCUCCCAACCUCCACUCUUAACGUCCCGGCUUUCAACUCUGUUAAGGUGUUUGAAACUUGAAAUUUGAAAACUUUUGAUUCAACGGUCACUGCAUGAGCCGUGUUUCUUGCUUUUUGUUUGGUUGGUGGGAAAAAUUUUCCAGAGUUUAAUAUAAUCAACGAGUUCAGAGAGCUAAAGGCACGGCAGAGGUAUCCCUCUUUUAUCUGGAGAGUUCUGGUUGUUUAGGAUUCGGAUCUAGGACUGAACCGCAUGGCCUGCGGAUCCACAGCCAGUGCCGCCGCUGACUCGCAACGAUCUUUACCAACUCCGUUCCUUGCCAAAACCUAUCAGCUCGUCGAUGAUCCCUCUGUCGAUGACUUGAUUUCGUGGAACGAAGACGGAUCAGCUUUCAUCGUUUGGCAUCCCGCCGAAUUCGCCCGCGAUUUGCUCCCUAGAUACUUCAAACAUAACAACUUCUCUAGCUUCGUACGCCAACUCAACACAUAUGGAUUUAGAAAGAUAGUGCCGGAUCGGUGGGAGUUCGCUAACGCUUGUUUUCGAAGAGGCGAGAAGGAACUUCUCCGAGACAUACAUCGCCGUAAAAUAUCUCCUCCUGCAGCUACUCCGGCGACGGUGACCGUAGCAGUUGUUCCUUGUGAAGUAUCCCCCACUAAUUCGGGUGAUGAGCAGGUGAUUUCGUCACACUCGCCUCCUGUAGCCACCAUUUUGCAUCGGAUGACGAGCUGCACUACAACGCCGGAGCUUUUAGAGGAGAACGAGAGGCUUAGAAGAGAAAACAUGCAGCUGAGCCAAGAGUUGACUCAGUUGAAGGGAUUGUGUAACAAUAUAUUAACUUUGAUGACGAACCAUGCUUCCGGUCAGUUGGAGAGUCAUUCAAUUUUGGCCGAAGGGAAGGCGUUGGAUCUUUUGUCAGCGAGGGAUUCGGCGAGAAGUACGGAGGACAGUGGUUCGAAGGAGGUGGCUGAGGAGGAGGAUGUGACACCUAAGUUGUUCGGAGUUUCCAUUGGGGUGAAGCGCUUAAGGAAAGAAGGUGAGGACGAGAUGCAGAAUAGUUUUCAAGUACGGCAGCAGGAUACUGAGCCUGCGUCUAAGAUGAAAGAAGAGCCGUGGAUGGGGAAAGUGAUGAUCAAGAAUCGUGGUAGUUGGAGCUUGGUAAAUGAUCAAACGACACAUAAUGCUAUUUAAUUAUGAAGCAUUGGAAUGGACGGUGUUGAUGAGAUGACGAGGAUGGAGGAAGAACGUGGUCUUAAGGGAGCGUUCUUCGAGGAUUUCGUGGGGAGCGAAGAUGCAUUUGUUCUGGUUGCUUCUGGAAUGCGAAGACUCCCCCAUAUUCCUUGAAUCGAGGAGCGCGAUGUUGUAAGAGUGUAAAAAGCCAUUUACAUAUGAAUCAAACGACGCCGCCUCAACGACCAUUGUUUGCCAACGAAAAGGAAAGGUAGAAUAUUUCUACCAAAUGCUCAAAUAAUUAGGUAAAAGAUCUGUCCAGCCCUUAUCAAUUUCAAAUUUAAUCAAAUCUGUUUCUUUCAUAA